AUGGACUACUCUAGCGACCCCCGUACGCGCACAGCGUCCAACUCCACCCUCACCGACGCCGCCGUUGCCGACGCCUUCCACUCCUACCUCAAAUCCUCCCUCGCCCAGGCCCGUGCCGAGCGACUCAUUGACGCUGACAUGCUCGCAACGGCGGAAGCGGACCAGCUCAUGAUUACUGGGCCCGCGCUCUGCCUCUACUUUGCCGCGCUCCGCUGCACGACAAGCCCGCCGAGCGUUCCGCUGCCGCGACCUCGCAAGGCGCAGCGCGAUGAUGGUGGUCCUCCCCGCGCGCCUGUCGAUCUAUCAUUCGAGAACUGCCCGCCUCAGUUCACGUCCUUCUUGCGCGUUUGGGCCGGCACGGUGCCCGCCAUCCAAUCCCUCGCACCCGAAGCCCAGCACGAUCUCGCCAGGAUCAUCUGUGGAUUGCAACCCAUAAAUCACACUGCCUCAGACACUGUCCGCGGCCUCGCAGAGGACAUGCGCGCGGUCGCCAUCGAGAUCUCGCAGAGGCGCUCCUUCCAAGACCGCUACGCCGAAGACCUCCAGGCGGCCAUCGACGCGGCGAACGGCAUCAGCGGAAGUAGUGAGAAUGGAGGGAAGCCGAGGGUGCAACAUACAUCGUUUGUGCCGCCGCCCGCGUACGACUCCGCUGUUGGAGGGCCAUCCGGCGCGGGACCCUCUAGCGCUGGUCCGAGCGGAACGCAGCAGCUCUCCCCACCGGCUACGCCUACGACCUCGAGCCCUCAGCACCUCUCUCCGCCGACUACCACGCAGCACCUUCCCCCGACCACUUCUCAGCACCUCUCUCCGCCCGUCACGCCCACCGCGUCAACGUCCGCUACCGGGCGCAGGUCCCGCACACCUUCACCUUCAAUGUUGAUCCCCGAGGCGACGGCCACGCUCAUGGCGAUCCGAGAGACGCUAUAUGCGUGCAUUUUGGACGUCCUUAGCCCAUCAAACGGCCCGGAUGGUUCGAAUAAGGCAUUCCUGGACAAGCUUCGUACGACAUUCCGCGAAGACCCCGCGAAGGCGUACUAUACGACCGUUGCGCUCGCGAUCCUGCACUUUGCAAGGUUCGGCGUUGUAGCGGAGAGCGGGAGGAUUACGGGAGUAUUGGGCACCGAAAUCACCCUCGACACCUGCCCGCGCGCUCUGCGACCCCUCAUGACCGCCCUCGUCCACAUCGCGCGCACUGCGAAGGCCUUCGAGGAGGAGGAUGACGAGCGAAUGGCCCUCGCGCUGUCCGAAGGACGAGAAGAGGCAGAAGCCAACGACGGCGAGACGAUCAAGCUCGGCGCGACAAGAUUGGAGCGCGUCAGAAAGAUGCUGGAGGGCGGCGUGGGGUGGGCGUACGAGGAGGAAGAGGGCGCGGCCCGUGACGAUGCGCCCCGAGGGCGGGCACGGGCACCGCCGACGCCGCCAAAGGACGCGCCGCCACUACCUCCGCGACACUCGCAAGACGAUGCUUCGUCCCCUUAUCCGACCGCCUCAGGCACUCCACCGACGCCGCCGAAAGACAAGACGUCGUUCUCUCGCCGCGACGCCUCGGGCCGCGGAAUCGGGUCGUCGUUCACGGCGCUCUUCAAGCCCGAAACGGCGAAGGAGGCCGCGAAGGAUAUGAUGCGGAGCAGUUUGGGGAGGAGCGGCACGGCCGGGAGCGGGCGCGCAUCCCUCGAAGGGCGCUCUUCCCUCGAGAGUCGUCAUUCGACGGAGUCAGCAAACAACCGUUACUCGUCCUACGUGCCGCAAUCAUCCUACGCCCCGCAACCCAUGUCUGGCCGCUCGACCUCGGACUCCCCUCGCAACUCGGCAGACGGACAUCAGUCGACGACCGCCGCGUACGCCGCGCUGCGCAAUACGCAGGCAUUCCCGUCGACGGAACCGCUACACAUUGCCAAGAACACGCAAGGCGCGCGCGGCGGCUCCCCCACCGGGCGCACGCUCGCGCUGGCGAAUGCGAUCAACGAGCUCGCUUUACGCCUCACGAGCCUAGGACCGUUCAGGGAGCGCGCGCGGGCGGUGUUUGGCGUGCUGGCGGGCUUGUAG